AUGAGGUGGAUGGAAGAAAAAGAUUAUGGUCGCGUAUUGAUAUACACGUGGUCCUGCUAUUUGCACUUAUUUGUUUUCUUCGGCUGUCCCUUCAAGUUCUUCGUCGAUAAUCAGAACCAUCAACCUGACUUUGAACAUCAAGUAGUCCUUACGAGACCGAAGGACACAUGUUCUGCACAAUCCGUCGCGCUCACAAACAUCAUUAUUUUUACCGAGGAACCUCACUUUAAAAUAGUCUCGCCUGCAGCCGGAAGGAUCUCUGAACAUGGAAAUCGCUUUCCUAUCCCGACGAGCGCUGAAUCCCGUCAAGGAUACAAUGCGGCGAUGCUAACACCCUGUGGAAGGAUCCUACAACGUACACCUCGCUCCAAGAGCUCCUAUCAUGGGAAGAAACCGAAACUCCGCUCAUUCGACAGCUAA